AUGACGGCAAUUAAUAUAACUGUCGCAAACAUUCUGAGGCGACAAAAUGCUUGUGCUGCAAUUCGUAUAACUUGGCCAGCAUCAAAUGGGAUUCAAAUAACCAACGGCCAAUGUUAUCAAGUCUCUUUUGAUGUAGCUGGUGCAGCACCUAACACCACCAUCUAUGUUACCAAUGUUGAUUUAAUAGAUGGCAGCGGAAACUUUGUUCAAACUCAAUGGUUCGGAAAAAUUGAUCCAACAGCGCAAUCAUCCACACCUUACUUCAAUUUGAAUCUCGGCAUGAAUCCUGUUAAUGGUGGAAACUAUGCAUUCCAAAUUACUGCUUUGGUUAAUGGUCAGAGUUGUCUUAUAAAUAGUGUCGUAUUUCAAGGGUUGUAUAAUACUUAUAGUAAUGCGGUGCGGUGUCCUUGA